AUGAACAAAUCCAACGUGGUGAAGACAUUCGUGGUCAUAUCAGUUAUAAGUUUUACACUUCAUCUUUUAAAUCAUUAUUCACUGGGAGUUUUAGGCUUAUUACUUAAUUUUGCUGAAAAUAAAGAAACCCGGUUAUAUUUAAUAGAUCCAGAUAUUAUUUCUAUGAAUAUUUUUAAUGGUAGAAAUACUACAACCAUUGGUGACGGAAAUAUAAUCACACUUGGUAUGAAUGGUACAUCACAGACUAAGAUUACCUUAUUUGACCAUUUAAAAGAUAAAGGAUUUAGAGUAUUUUGUAGUGAAGUUGAUACAACAGUGAAUUUAACGUUAUCCACUCAUUCUAAUAAACAUUUACCAGCCCAUUUCUUAAUAUAUCACAAACAUACAGACUUCUUAAUUCAUAUAGUAGUGUUUUAUAAGAGAUAUAGAAACUUUAUUUGGUGUGACAGAAUACAAAUAGAAGAUUUAAUUCAGAGAAUAAAACAAGAAAAUUUAUCUUGGUUAAAAACAGAAAUGUUGGAAAAGCUUCAUUUUGGGAGAGUUCCAUUCAGCUUUAACAGUAUAAAUACAACUCGUGGAAUAUUGGGAAAUACCACUCUAUUAGUUCCUGAAAAUGGUGACAAAUUUCUGAAAGAUUAUAAUGAACUAGAAUUCAUCGAAUGUAACUAUACCAGGGCAGAAAAAUAUUACAGAGAAUAUAAAAUGCCCAGAGAACCUACAGACUGGGUUUUGAAAGCUUUAGAAAUGUUGGAAAAAACUGGAGAAGCGUUGGACAAGCUUGGAAUUCCUUUUACAUUAGGUGAAGGCACAUUAUUAGGUUGGUAUAGACAAUGUGGUAUAAUAUCCCACACCUCAGAUUUGGAUAUUUUGGUAUUUAGAGAAGACUAUAGUGAUGAUAUUUUUACAAGUUUAAAGAAAGUUGGAUUUACUCAUAAGAAUACCUUCGGAAAGGCAAGUUUAAAUGAUAGUUUCGAAUAUUCCUUUAGAUGGUCGCGCGUAAAACUGGAUUUAUUUUUUGUUUAUAAAGAGAAAGAUCUAUUUUGGAUAGGUGGAACCGAUGGCGACAAGAAAUUAAGGUUUACUCUACCGAAGUUUACAAAUUGUUGGUCAGAGAUGCUUGGUGUUCGGGUUCGUGUUCCCUGUGAUUCAGCAGCGUAUGUAGAAAAAUCAUAUGGAAAAAAUUGGUAUAAACCGUUGAAAAGGUGGUUUUGGGCGAAAGAUCCUUCAAAUUUCAAAGUUGUGGGAAAGUGGGACAGAAGAUAAACACAAUGCCAUAUUUUGUACAAAUACUGUUACAUCAACUUGCAUUGAUUUACAAUACAAUUGGAAAGAAGUAGGACUAUUAUAAAACUUUACGUAACAAUAAAACUCCAGUCUUCAGCUUUUGAUGGCUACCCUUUUAUCAUUUACAAAAAUGCGCCUUGUUCAUUAUUUAUGAUCUUUGGGCAUUAUUAGCAGAAGGAAACCUGGGAGGUAGGUCUACGCGGGUUUUGACAAAACUUGGUAUGAGUGUUCGUAAUCACCCAAGGAUAAACCCUAUUGAAAAUCAGAAGAAUCGAAAAAUAUUUAGUAUAGGUUAUUGCCCUUGUUCUUGAAAACGCGUUCAAUUUUUAGCUCGUAAACACUCUUGAAGGAACAAUUCUUGAUGGAUUUUAACUAAACUUGACAUGAGUGUUCAUAAUCGCCCAAGGAUGAACCCUAUUGAAAAUCAGAAUAAUCGAAAAAUAUUUAGUAUGAGUUAUUGCCCUUGUCCAGCGUGUUCAAUUUUUAGCCCGUAAACACUCUAGAAGGCACAAUUCUUGACGGAUUUUGACGAAACUUGGUGUGAGUGUUCGUAAUCUGUCAAGGAUG